AAGAUGGCCGCUGUCAACUUCCCACAGUGCACGCGUUUGACAAUCAGCUGUUGUUUACACCGGUUCUUCCGACGUACGGCGCUGCCAGAAAAACAUCAAAACACUCCAUCCUUCCUCGUACUGAUUUGUGUAGUUUUUCGCACUGAACGCAUAAUAAUUAGGCGAGCCUGCAUUCGGUAGCUUUCGAGCUACGUGGGAAGUGAUUGUGACGCGGCUGUGAGCAUGUUAAAGUUGCUGCUGUCUCCCCAUCGACAAUGCUGCUGGCAGGGAUUGCUACGAUCUUCUCCAUACAGCACCGAUAGUAAACAUGUGCUGGUGCGUAAAACGCUUCAAUCGUUCGGUUCUGGGCGGACCGGAUUUCUACAACCGUUCCGUAAUACUACCCUGCGCGCGGUACGCCCAUCACACACGGUUACGAAAACGGGCUCCCAAGGCGGUCGGUUGAUAAGGGUGCUGCUCGGUGGGACCGCUGUAAGCUUCACAUUGGGCUACCAGUACCGGAAGUUGUUUGUGCACUGUGAAGCGUCCGUAAAUCGGUUGGCCGGUCAGCGGAAUCUGCUGGACGAUGGGACCGUACGGUUCGAUUGGUGGAAGUUUUGGCGCUACCUGAGACAUCAUUUAGGAAAACUGAUUGGCGCUGUUUUGGCAGCACUCGCCGUCGCUUAUUUCAACAUUCAAAUACCAAAUCUACUCGGAGUGAUCGUUAACAAGCUGGCCCGAUACGCCGGCAGUAGUCUGAAGGACAUCAAUACGGCGAGUUUCUUUCGCGACAUGCGAGGCCCAGCCCUGCAGCUGUUCGGGAUGUAUCUGGCCCAGUCCGGCUUUACCUUCCUGUACAUCCUACUGCUAAGCCAGAUCGGUGAGCAGAUGGCGGCCAGCAUACGGCAAGAUUUGUUCAAGCAAAUCAUCAUCCAAGACCUGAAGUUUUUCGAUCACAACCGGACGGGCGAACUGGUUAACCGGUUGACGGCCGAUGUGCAAGAUUUCAAGUCCAGCUUCAAGCAGUGCAUCUCGCAAGGAUUGCGCAGCUUCGCCCAGCUCGUCGGUGGCGGUAUUUCGCUGUUCUGGAUAUCGCCCCAGCUGGCCAGCAUUGCGCUCGUAUCGGUCCCGCUGGCCGUCGCCAUGUUUUCCCUGCUGGGCCGGUCGCUGCGUCACCUGAGCAAAAAAGCCCAAGCCCAGUCGGAACGGGCCACCUCCGUCAGUGAGGAAGCACUGUCCAACAUACGCACCGUACGUGCGAGCGCCAGCGAGUACAGCGAGGUAGAACUGUUCCGUGCCGAGACGGAAAAGUCGGCCGUGAUCUCGCAGCAGCUCGGUGCCGGAAUUGCCGUGUUCCAGGCGCUAAGCAAUCUGUGCCUUAACGGAAUGGUGCUCACCACGCUCCUGCUCGGCGGUCACUUUAUGUCGGCGAAUUCCAUCAGUGCCGGUGAUUUGAUGGCAUUUCUGGUUGCGGCCCAAGGUGUGCAACGAUCGCUCGCCCAGGGCUCCAUACUGCUCGGCUCGGUUAUCCGUGGCAUGACGGCGGGCGCCCGGGUGUUCGAGUUUCUAAGCCUGGAACCGCGGGUAGACCUGAAGCACGGACUAAUUAUCCCGCACGGUAAUUUGAAGGGAGAGAUCCGUUUCGAAGGUGUUCAGUUCGUGUAUCCAACGCGACCCAACCAGCGUGUGCUGAAGGACUUUAAUCUUGUACUGCGACCCGGCCAAACGGUGGCACUGGUGGGGGCUAGCGGGAGCGGUAAAUCGACCGUCGCUGCACUGCUGGAACGAUUCUACGAACCAACGGCCGGUCGGAUCACGAUCGAUGGGUACGAGUUGGGCCAUCUGUCGCCCAGCUGGCUACGCGGAGAGUUGAUCGGCUUCAUCGAGCAGCAGCCCGUCCUGUUCGGGACAACGAUUUACGAAAACAUUCGCUACGGACGACCGAACGCAACCCGGGAAGAGGUGAUGGAGGCGGCCAAAAUGUCACAAUCGCACGAGUUCGUUAGCCGGCUGCCGGAUGGUUACGAUACGAUGGUGGGUGAACGGGGCAUCCAGCUGAGCGGUGGCCAACGGCAACGGAUUGCAAUUGCGCGCGCUUUGCUCAAGCAACCGUUGAUACUGAUCCUAGACGAAGCGACCAGCGCUCUCGAUGCGGCCAGCGAAUCGAUCGUCCAGAGUGCGCUCGAUGCGGCAGUGCUGGAUCGAACGACGCUGGUCAUUGCACAUCGGCUUUCAACGAUCCGAAAUGCGGACGUUAUCGUGGUGCUGGACCAGGGCCAGAUUGUUGAGGUGGGCACACAUGACAGUUUAAUCAAAGCACAAGGUUACUAUUACGAGCUGGUCAAGCAACAGGAACGACAACAACGGCAGGAACAGGAUUCGAGGGCACUAGGAUAGACCAUUGGUGAGCUUUAGCUGUUACGAGGACGCUUAACGUUUGGACGGGGUGUAGGAAAAUCAGAUUCGCAAGCUGCAAAAAAAGACAAUUACUACAAAUAAAGCAAAUUAGGGGUUAUUUAUUACAACGGAAAUUCAUUGGAUCGGAAUGAUAAACAUUCGCGUUCAAAACGUG